CCCAAGGCGGAACUGGGGCGACCGGGACUUCUGCAACCUAAACACCCGGGGAGAAAGGAAGGUGGCAGACGUGCAGCGCUGCGCAUGCGCGGGCACCUCUCUCGGGUGAAGGGUUGAGAACCGGAACGGGGUGGCCAGCUGGGCUCAGAGCGGAGCGGCGUCAGGAUGGACGAGGACGUGCUGACCACCCUGAAGAUCCUCAUCAUCGGCGAGAGUGGCGUGGGCAAGUCUAGCCUGCUCUUGAGGUUCACAGAUGAUACUUUUGAUCCUGAACUUGCCGCAACGAUAGGUGUUGACUUUAAGGUGAAAACAAUUUCAGUGGAUGGAAAUAAGGCUAAACUUGCAAUCUGGGAUACUGCUGGUCAAGAGAGAUUCAGAACAUUAACUCCCAGCUAUUACAGAGGUGCGCAGGGUGUUAUAUUAGUUUAUGAUGUCACAAGAAGAGAUACCUUUGUUAAAUUGGAUAAUUGGUUAAAUGAAUUGGAAACAUACUGCACGAGAAAUGACAUAGUAAACAUGCUAGUUGGAAAUAAAAUUGAUAAGGAAAAUCGUGAAGUUGAUAGAAACGAAGGCCUGAAAUUUGCACGAAAGCAUUCCAUGUUAUUUAUAGAGGCAAGUGCGAAAACCUGUGAUGGUGUACAGUGUGCCUUUGAGGAACUUGUUGAAAAGAUCAUUCAGACGCCUGGACUGUGGGAAAGUGAGAACCAGAAUAAAGGAGUCAAACUGACACACAGGGAAGAAGGCCCUGGAGGAGGAGCCUGUGGUGGUUACUGCUCUAUGUUAUAAACUCUGGGAAACUCCAUCUCUUGCAUAUUUGAUCAGAUAGUGACAUCUUUCUGUAUAUAAACUCUAACUGCUAUUUUAGGGACCUUGCAGUUUGCACAUAUUUGUUUUGUAUCAUGGCAGUAAAUAUUUGCAAGAAAUCCCACUCAUCAGCUUUCCCAGGUACAAUGUUAUGGUAAGCAUGCACAGUUUGCAGUCUACAGUUUUUUAUGUAACAUAAAAUAGGUGUACUUUUUAAAGUACAUUUGAUUUUAUGAUUUACAUUUAUCAUGUGAUUAAAAAAUCCACCUCUCUAGUCUAUGUUGAUACAAGGUCUACUUUUGGUCUUCUCUUUGCUUAACUGACUCCUAUCAAUUACUGAAUUAAUUGGUAUGUAGAACUCCCAGAACCACUGGGAGGUAUUCAGGUAUCAUCAGACCUGGCAGAUUUCCUUUCAGGAAUAACACAGAGCAUGAUUCCACAGCUUUUGUAGGAUGUUUGCUGACAGAUUCUCUUUUAGUACUAAGCAAAAUUCUCUACAGGGUGCAGUUCAGCCAAUUUAUAAUUAAAUCUCUGUUUGUUCUGAUGAUGCUUCUAAAACAGCAUUGAUGUUUUAAGAAGUUUGGUCUUACUUUUGAAUUUUCUUCAAUGAGUAGCUCAGUUGUUCACUGGAGUUUUACCUCUGUGACAUGUACAUUGGACUCUGACCCUUUGCGCAGCGUUUUUAGUUCUGUGGUGUUUGGCAGAAUGGCAGUAAGGUUUUCUCCCAUUUUGGUUUUGGAAGGAGAAGAAUAGUGUGUUUAUGUAACCCAUGUAGUACUUACCACUUUAAAAACCAACACCUUUUUCUAUAAAUGUUGGUGGCGUCUGUCCGGGUAUGUCCGUUGUAGUUUGUGUAAUGUUUAUGAACAUCUGUAUCUUAUGACUUCCCUAAAUGGCUAGUUGAUAUUCAGAAACCUAUAUCUGUGUUUUGAGGGUUGGGAAAAAUAGAACACUAAAUGACAAUAUGAGAAAGACGGAUUGCUUCCAGAUUUUGAUGUGUGUGGGAAAAUACUGUUGCAUUGAAAAUGUUGGUAACUUACUGUAACAAGUAGCCAAUAGUUUAUCAGAACCAACUUGUACAGACUAAUAAAUCUUUUCCACAGUAUUCAGUUUUCUAACCUCUUGCUAUUAUACAUUACAUUUUUUUUUUCACUCGUAUGUUACUUUAUUUACAUUGAUACCGGCUAUAUGAAGCCCCCAAGUAAGUUAUUUGUCCUUUCAGGCAGGUUAACCAUGAUAGCCUUCACUAAGAUUUCUGAUACUAAUUUCUGGGCAGUUUGUUCUUUGUAUACGUUGCAAAUGAUAGACUUUUUCUGGGUCACCUUUGCAAUAACUUGUGAUAGUGGGUUUACUUCAAGUUGGGUUCUUUAUGAACUGUACAUCUUCCACAUAAGAAAACCUUGCAUUCUACUUGGUUCACGCUUGUGAGACUAUAUGUGAUUAAAGGUUUUAUACAUUAUAUAUGUAUUUACUAAAUAUAAAGCAUUUACUCCUUUACUGUUGGAGAAAGGUAGCUAACACAUGUACUUACGAUUUGUUUGUGUUACAUUAAAGCUGUAGAUUUGUAUAUUUAUGUUGUGUCUGUAUUGACAAGACAUUUAUUUCUGUUUAUUGCUUUUUGCUCCUUGAGCUAUAUAAUAAUCUUUUUGUGCAUUGGAUUUUUGUGUUGAUUUGGUCAAAAUUUGGAUACAUAUGAGUCACUUUUAAAAAACUAAUUUUGUUUGAUAGAUUUAUAUUGUAACCUUUUAUAGUUUUCGAAAUAAAUACAGCCUGCUUUCCCUAGAUGCAUUUGUGCAGGAGGUAUUCUACGUUUCCCUGUUACUCUCAUGGGCUGAGAGGAACAUCUGAAUAUAGUGUUAUUCAGAUUCUCAUCUAUUGUAUGGCUUUCACUCUACUGUUUUGUUGCAAGCUUAUUUCCUAGUGGAGGUUUCCUAACUGAAGUAGUUACGAUAUCUGAAAUUAGUCACUUGGAUAGCUGAGGAUUUUGUUAAUUCUUCAUUUCCAAAUUAUUUGAAGUAGUUUAAAAGUGCCUUUUGCAGAUGGUGCAAAUUGGAACAAUUGGAAUGUCGUGUUUUGAAUUGUAGGGGUACUGACACAGACCUAAAUGAACGAAUAAAUACUCAGUUUAUAUUAGAUUAAUAGUUAACAUUUAUUGGAAGCUUCCUUAGGGCAGGUGUUGUUCCAAGAGCUGGAUUAUUUUUAUUUCAUUAAACCUCACAGCAACCUUAAGAGAUUGCUUUGUACACCUACUAUGCUCAUUUUAACGAUGAGGAUAAUGACACAUAGGUUUGCUAGAUAACUCCCCAAAGAUCACAAAGCUUCAUCAGUGAUGGAGCUGGAGUCCAGUGAAGGCAUUUUUCAUAUGUCCAUGGUCUCAACCACCGUUCCUUUUGCUAAGGCUGCCUACUAGCUCUUUUGUUUUAACACAACAGGAUUAAACACAUUCUGUCAAUUUUUUUUUAGUCAUUUUUUUGUUACAUGUAAUAAGAGUAGGUCAGAUUUCUUGGUUAUAAAGUAAAUUCCACUGAUGUAAACUAACCAGGUAAGUCAUUUGAUCUAAAAGUUAAGGGAGUAGAGAGACUGGUCUCUUAGUCCUUUUCCUUCUUGGAAUGGAAAGAAAAUCCCUGACUUCGGAAAAAUACAAAAUCAGGAGAUGUAUGGGACCUUAACUUUGUAAUUGGACCUGAGAAAAAUUAAAUCUGUGAAUAGUCUCUUUUUUUGUUUGUUUGUUUAGAAUAGUCUUUUGCUCAAAAUUGAAAUCUGGGGGACUGGGGGAAUGUUUUCGUUUGAAGUAUUUACUCGCCAUAUCUACAGAUUCACACUUGGAGUUGACUUUAUAAUUGAACACAGUGGAACUGAGCUUGAUUUUGAUUCAUUGUACUUAGCAUACUCAAAGAAGUAUAUGUGAUUCUGCACAAGUUUGGAACUGUCACCCCAUAGUUCAUAAAAGAAUCCUUAUAUCACUACCUUUUCUCUCUGUGGGAUGGCACAGACCUACCUCAUUUCCAUAAUAUCUUUAAACACAAUUCAGUAUAUAGUUUUUUGUAUUUUCAAGCAAACUGGGAUAAUCCUCUAGGUACUCUGGAUUGUAGUUCUUCUCAGUAUUUAAGUAUUACGCUUCUUUAUCUUGGGUUCCAUUUCAUUAGUCAUACUUUGAAAGUUUUUUGUCUGUUUAGAUAGAGGGAAAAAGCCUUUAAUCCGUUUCCGGAAGACAUUACCCUAGUUCUGACCCCAGCUGUUCCUUGGGUAAUUAACUAGAGACUCUAUCAUGGGUUUUGUCUAAGAAUGUUGAAAAGAGUAAAUAGGAAGACUUGGAGCUAAG